CUAAUUUUUUUUAGAGAUGUGAUGUAUGCUCCGUACGCGGAUAAAAUCCGCAGUGAUCAGCAAUCUCUCCAUAUCAAAAAACUUUCAGUGUUGGUAUUUUGUUUGACGAUAAAUUUCAUCCCCAUUAUGACAUCAGAACCAAUAGAAGUUCUCGAUCUCUACCUGAAACAAAAUAGCGACGGAUUAAUGGUUUUCCUUCUGCUCCCAGGGCAGUUGAAAUCAGAGCUGAUUAAGAAUGUCCGGUCAUGCACAAUAUUAGUCAGCCAAGAAAAAAACAGUUUGGAGAUUGUCCCAUUUUCGAUUUCCUCCAGUUUUCCAAAAGAAGUGUCCGUUUCCAUGGACGAGGAUGAAGUUCAAAGUGAUUCUGCGAAUGAGUUAACGCCCGAUUCCCAGAAGCAAAGAAAACUAAGAGAAAAAGUGUCAGUUUCUGCUUCUUGUGAAUGCAAUAAACCGAACAAUGAAGAGUCGCUGACCUUGACAUCAAAUACAGUCGAAGUAUUUCCGGGUCUAACCGAACCUAGUCCAAUGUGGGCUCUUCAGCCGGAAGAUCCCGAGGGCAAUGGGUCAGGAGGGGAUUCUCUCGGUGGUUAUGAGGGAGACGAUGCUGAGUUGUUUUCAGCCAAUGAGAAACUCACUCUGGCACUUGUUGGAGCAGGAAUGCUGUUUCUCUCCACUGUUGUUAUUCUAACUGUCAUAAUAUUGUCUCGGAAUAAUCAACUCAAAUGCUUCCAAGCCCAAUCUGUAUCACAGCAGGAAUUGAACACUGAAGACAUCUUAGCAGAUCUAAGAAGGAUUGUAAACGAGCAAAAGGCUGGGCAACAAAGAAGCUCAAAUAUCUGAAGAAGUUGGGCACUCUGCUGCUUCUUUCUACCCUCAUCAAACCAUGAACCCUCAGCUUUGGAUUGGAUCACAGAAAUUUCCUCCCCAAUAACCGGUGCAAAUUGCUCGACCCAGUCCUAAUACGUUAUUUAGUACAGCUAGCUCUAGCCUUAUGUCAUAAACCAAUUUAGUGCACAACUACCUUAUAGUGGAUGCUUCGAAACUUCGUUAUUUUGUACGUGAUCUAUCUGCAAAAUUUGCAUUUGUUCUCAAAAACUCGAUAAAACAUCCAGGGGCCAAAUUAGGGAAUAUGCGUAACUUGAAAAAUAGAAGCUGAAACUUUUAACCUUGUUUCUGCCUUAUCGAUUAUGUGGUCAAUAAUCACAGAAAGCACUCAUAACCAGAAAGUCGUAACAAGACUGCUCGUAUAUCAGGGCAAAGCAUUGAAUGUUCCGACUGACCCUCAUUCCAUAUCGAAUAGGUUUUUGGGAAAAUAAAGUAUUGAAAAACUAUACUUUUUGGACAAAAUCAAAGAUCAAGUGUAAAAGUUUGAGUCGAUAAGCUAGCCUCAAUUCAAUUUGGAACGAUUUUGUUGCGGGAUGUUUCGCCACGCAUAAAUAAAUUGCGCUACGUUUUCAGGAUUGUGGAUAAAGUCUUCAAAGUGCGCAUAAAUUAGACCAGAGCAUGGCCAAAUUUUCAAACUUUCAAAACUUCGCCAAAAAUGAUCGGAGGUAAAAUAUUUUUUGAAUUUUUAUCUUCAAUGGGGCGAUAUCUUCAGUAUCGAUAUCUUCAAUGUCGAUAUCUUCAUUGGGGUUUACAUCAAUUUUCGAUCAAUUGUAUGACUGAAUUGACUGAAUAAAAAAAACCACCCCCAACGUAAAGAUUCCGUUUUCUUCGAAAGUUUUUCGCAAAGUUGUGGGGGUUUAAAGAUUGUCAUUUUGGCCCUUUGGGGACAAUUAACGCGCGAUAUAUUUCGCGCUAUUAACGCGUAAGCGGAGAUUUAAUCCGUCUUAGAAAUCGUUCCAAAUUGGUUGAAGGUAGCUUAUUUGCCAUAAUUGAUUUGUUACUA